UCACGCAUGCGCGUACCGUCAAUCUGGGGGACAUGUGUUUUCAAGCACGAAAUCGCUUUUCUAGCAAUUGUUUCUAGCUAGUUAAAAUCAUAUUUCUUUCAGCUCAUGUUUUGCACGUAAGUUACAACAGUUACCCUUUACUGGUUUUGAUUGUUUCCGGUGACAGAGUCGGAAUAAUCUCAACAGAAACACGUGAGAAAGGUUAUUUGUUAGUUACUGUAGCAUUCCUCGUUAGGACAGCAUGGGGCCCGUAAUAGAGCUCAUUGCUGGAAGUUACGAGCAGAUCGCCUUUGGUUACCGGGUGUCUACAGGUGAAGUGGAGUGGACAGCCACGGCAGACUUCACCCACCACGCCCACACUGCCUCAGUGUCUGCGGUGGCCACCAGCGAGAGGUAUAUCGCUACAGGAAGCAGAGACGAGACCAUCCAGAUCUACGACAUGAAGAAGAGGGUUGAACAUGGCGCUCUGCUGCAUCACGAUGGUACCAUUUCAUGUCUGGAGUUCUAUGGCUCCUCCCACCUGCUGAGUGGAGGACAGGACGGGCUCCUGUGUGUUUGGAGCACCAGGAACUGGGAGUGUCUUAAGUCCAUCAGAGCACACAAGUGUUCAAAACAUUCUCCAGGAACUAAGUUGACUGACGGUUUUUGUGGUUGCAGAACGUGGAAUCUAAUCGACGGAAGAUCGGCUUUCAUCAAAAACAUUAAACAGAAUGCGGUGAUAGUGAAGUGGUCUCCCGAGGGGGAUAAGUAUGUGGUAGUGAUCGGCGACAAGGUGGACGUUUAUGACCUGGAAACAGCGACUCUGACAUCAACCAUCAUCAACCCCAAGAGGAUCUCAUCCAUCAAGUUCCUCACUAAUUCCAUCCUGGCCAUAGCUGGGGACGACGAGACAGUCAGGCUGUGUGACAUCAACACUCAGAAGGUGCUCUGUGAGUUCGAGGCUCAUGAAACCAGGGUGAAAUCAGUGGACAGUUUCACCGUGGACGACUUCUGUGUUCUGGUGACGGCGUCAAACGAUGGCUUCAUCAAAAUGUGGAAACUUAACCUUGAGUCCUUGGAGCCUCCGGUCCUCCUGGGGAAGGUGAAUACUACAGCUAGGUUGACCUGUCUGGCCGUGUGGAAGCCCACCACUCUACAGGAGCCUCCCCCGGAGGUCAAAACAGAACCUACCACGUCUCACGACGUCAAGGAUGUACUGGAGCUUGAGAAGAAGAGGAAGAAGAGGGUCAGGAUCUCGACUGUAGAAGUGGUCCAAGAGGAAGAUGCUUCACCCAAGAAGAAAAAAGAUGGUGGGAAAAAAAAGCUGAAAACUUAAUAAAAAAAAUAAAAAAAUUUUUUUUUAAAUUGUA